AUGACUGACACAGCAUAAUAAAUAAAUGUAAAAUUAUGUGACAUGUCGAGUGAAUUAUUAAAGGAUGCCCAAUAUAUAAUCCUGGAAAAUCUUAAGAAGCAUAGCAAUGAAAGAGAUGUGGCAUAUUACAUAAAGAGAGAAUUGGAUAAGCGUCAUACAGGUCCUUGGCAUUGUGUGGUGGGGAAGAACUUUGGGAUUUUUGUUACACAUGAGGAAGGAUAUUAUUUGUAAGCAAUCAAGGGAUAAAUCACUAUCGUGGUAUGGAAAUGA